AUGAAGGGAGUGACGCUGCAGACUACUCUCCUUAUGUUGAUAUCGUGUGACAUUCCUAUCUGUGAAUCUCAUAUUCUAAAUUGUAUAUUGGAUGAAGCAAGUAACUAUCCAAGCUACUGUAGAACCUGUGUAUUAAGUGGAUCGAGAGCUGAAUAUGAAGACGAAGUCAGUGAACUGGUUGAAAAAUUCCUGAUGGUGGACACAUACCUUGAUAUCACAAAAGAGAAGCUCCUCCCCUUCCCACACCCGCCCCCUUUGCGGCUUUACAUUGGCCUCGUUGUCAUUGUGAAGCACAGACGGUCUCGUUCUUCGGGCGGGGACACCACAACAAUAAACACCUGGAAUUCGAAACACAACUACCAGAGAAAAUUUCAUACGAUUAGAAAAACAAUAAUUUAUUUUGUGGUACAUUCUUAUAAUCAGAUUGUGUCGGUUUCAAAACCAUCAAGAGAGUGCUGUGUCUGGAAUGUUAAAGAUGGCAAGAAAUUAAUUCAAGUGGCAUUGCAGACCAAUGGAGUAAAGUACAAGUGUUUCCGAGCCAGGUAUGGCACUGUUGAAGCAAAUCCUGCUAAGACUCGUCUCUUUACCAUUAGUAACCCAGUAACUGGAACAAAGAAUCCAUCCAUUGUGGCCAAGUGGUGUGGGAAGAGCUACACCCAGGAAAAAACUCAGAAUCUUACAGGUUCAUUGAGUAGUUUGGCACUGAGUGAUGAUGGUCGUUUUUUGGCAACUGGAACUAUGGGGGGAACAGUCUACAUACUGGUAGCAUUUAGUCUACAGAAACUACAAACAAUAGAAGAAGCACAUAGCAUGUUUGUGACUGGACUGGAAUGGCUACCAACUAAUGAUGCUGAAUCCCAGAUGAUCCGGGGUUACACAGAUGCUUCAGUACUCUCCAUUUCUUGUGAUAAUUCCUUGAAGAUCCACCACAUCCCUAAACCUGGUAUGGUGCCAGUGUGGAUUGUUGCUGUUCUUGCUGCCAUUGUUCUGUUUUGUGCUUUUCUGUUUGCAAGUUUUCUAGGUCUCUGAAUGAGAUUAAUGACUAACCUUUCUUAAUGAUAUGAUGUUAGGAGAUGUUGUCUAAGUAAUUAGUGCAGAAAGUAAGAAAACAUGAAAUGGAGACAGGAAAAUUUUAGUCAUUCUCCUUACUCAUUUUAUUUAGCAUUUAUUUAGCAUGAAGUGUUCCUGAUAAUUGUUAAAGGUUCCCUUCUUUAUUUAUUAUAGUAUUUCCUUGUUGGCCAUUAGCUUGCAUGUAAAGAAUAUGAUGAUGUUUUUUUUUCUUAGAUUUUUUUUCAGUGUCAUUGCUAAUUUAACUGUGAAACAGUUAAAUCUUUAUUUUUAUAUGUGGGAUUUUAUGUAUUAAAUCUUUUUAAAAUAAAGUUUAGUGGAUAUAGACCUCAGAUAUGCCUGUUGAACAGUGGUAUUUUAUUACUGAAUCACUAAUUUUACCAAUUGUAUUAUAUAUAUAUAUUUUAAUAAGUCUAGAAUAUGUGAAUCGUAAUGGUUGUAGGUCAUAUAAGAGAGAACCCAUUUUCCAGCAUUUUUUAAAUAGUCUGGUAUUGAAAUUUGUCUCUAAAUGUUAUGUAAAUAAUUUAAAGAAAUGUGAUAUUUACAUACUAUAUGAAGACAAAAGAACUGUUAUAGCUGUAGAUUAUCAUGUCAGAAAUUAUCCAGAAUGUACUACUCAUCAUGAAAGAAAAUAUGUCUCCUUAUGUGAUUAUUUUGAGUACUGAGACAUAAAGGCAUUUCGGAUCAGCUUGAUGAAAAGUAUAAAAAUAGGAUGUUCUUUUGAGAAACAUAUUGGAUCAUCUAUGUAGAUAAUAAAACCACAUAUUUAAAUAUAGUAUAUAAGCAAGCAUAUAUAUAUGAAUACAAA